CGCACGAUUGUACCAAAAUCAUUGGCAGUUAUCGACAAUGGUCCUGUGAAGUUGAUUAUUCGGUGUUAACGUGUUAUAGUGUCGACUAUUGUCUUGAACACAAUGAUUCUAUAUUUUUUAUUGUGUGUCGUCGCUGUCGUAGCUGAAGAUGCUCAAAACGAAGCAGCAUACAAAGAUCAGUUCUGCACAGACCCCAGGACGAUGAAAAAGCACGCAGCAUACACUGAAUGGGCCGACGCGUACUCCUGCACCCGACAUCGCUGCCAGCCUGGUGGGAGGAACCUCGCUAUUUACACUGUAGGAUGCAAACGUGUCGAGGCUCCAGAAUCCGCCAUAGAGUGUGAAGAAGUAGUGGAAGACACCAACAUGCAGUUCCCGUACUGUUGCACACGACUCAGGUGUCUAGUAGUAGUCAGAGGAGAGGUGUGGACCAGAGUCCUCGGCCAGCCCUGGGAGACCCUCCCCGCGGCACCAUGGAGCCACAUGUACAAAAUGAAGAAGCCACCACCUGGGACCACUAACGAAUUCUCACCUAAGGUAGGAAAUGAAGGUCCAGUGUACGAGCUGACAGAUUCUGACAACGACAAGCCGAAAGACAAGUUCAUGAGGUCCGCGAAGCUGCCAGAACCGGCGUACAAUGACGGCAUGUCACAAUCUAGAAUUCCUCCUCAAACAUCGCCGGACAUAGUCAUUGCUUUGACCACAGAUCAGAAGGAACAUAAACCUGACAACAGUGAAAGGCACUGGCAAGAAGGCUCCAGUUGGACCGGGUCCCCGAUCAGAGAGGGCACCAAAGUGGGGGCCCCGCGCAGAAAACGGCACAAGCCUCAAUCUCAAAAUCAGUAUUACGAGGACGAAUCUCCGGCCGACCGCGAUCCUGACUCACGACCUCGUGAGCCGGAAUCGCGUCACCAUGAGCCCGAACGGAAGGAGGAAGACGCCGAAACUGGACCCACGGAGAAACUGGACCCAGCAUCACUGGUACCACAACAACAACCACCAGCGGAACAACAGAUGUCAGAGGAGGGUAGUAAUGCAAGAGAAUUUGCGACUUCUUAUGUUUCAACAUAUACGAAUCAGAAGCCAAAGGAUCAACAUCAACGUGAGUCCUGGCCUGAUACUCCGUCACAGUGGAAUGAGAAAGAGGAGGAACAACAGCCAAAAGAAAUAAGUUAUCGCCAGACUGCAGAGUCAUCGCCGGCCCCUGAACCGAUGAAGUCAUCAAACAAACCUACCCAUUUACAGGCUCUUGUCGACGCCAUCGGAUCCAGGAUGCGCGAUAUCGAAAAUGUAGUUCAAAAAAUGAGUGAAAAAGUUCAAACCCAAGUUAAACCAGGAGAACAGAAGUCAGACGAACCUGAGGCUAGUGGCGAAAAAAGCGUACACGAAACAAAACAACACAGCAAAUACGUUAAAAAGAAAAAAGCCAAGAGACCGAAUGCCAAUGGAGAACAAUAUAAAAGAUUCACGGUACGAAACCGCGGCAGCAAGUAUCUCCGCGGUGCACCAGACGGGACAACUGAACCGCCAGUUUUCGCCGAUAACAACGGAUACUUCAGCGAUGCAAGCAACAGUGUUCUGAGACGAAACAACCCAGGAAUCGAACCUAAGGAGCCAGCACCAACCUACAUGGCGCCGGUUGAAAAUAGACGUAAAGCACACCCACCUCCGGCGACAUCCGAAGAGAAAGUAACGAAGAAACACCGAAAACGAACACAUAAAAAGAAGAAGAAGAGUGGGAAACCGCACAAGAGACACCACAAAGAGGGAGGCGAGAAGAAACGCAAGUUUAACCGCGCCAAUUCUGUCGAAAAUGAUAGGAUAGUGAUUUCCUUGGAAGAUAGCAGUGCGGCUAAUGGUAAUAAUAAGUAAUUUUGUUAAUUUAUCAAUAUAAAAUUAAGAAAGACGUAUUUAUUUCACGUCCAAUUUCAAUGUUGAAGGAAAAUGUAAGUAUAUAUAAAUUCGAAAUUUUAAGACUAAAGUUAUCACUCCACUCCAUGAUUGAUGUCAAUCCAAAUGACUGUGAUUUUUUUCUAAUUACGUGAGUUUGCGUAGCCAUAUUUAUUUAUUGUGGACUUGCGCGGGAAAGUUCGAUUGCCCAUGAUCAAUAUUUACAGUGAUUAAAAAAUUUUUUGAAUCUUUAAAUAUAUUAGAAGAUAUUGUACAAAUUUUGAGAGUAACUAAAUUGUAUUACUAUACUACUGUCACAAAAGAAUUAUCAUCAAUAAAUUUAAGAACUUUGUUCUUGUCGGUGGAGCGUUUUCCAUCUAAUUCUGUCCUCAGCCAUCGAUGUCGAUGCCACGAGCUCUGCCUUCUCUUUUAUUUCAUCUAGGACAUCCCUUCACAAAAGAAUAACAGAUUUAAAAAUGUAAUUGUCAUAUUAUGUCGUCAGUGUUGCCAGUACACAGUAUUUAUUUAUUUGGUGGUCUGAUUUUACAGUAACUAGGUACGUAGGUAUCUAUCUAAUGCAGUAAGUACACUCUCAUUUUUAAACUUUGAAAUGUCAGUCAAAAGGAAUUCAUAAAAUUUAUUUAUAAAAAUUAUAGUGUCCGUAUAUGUUGUAUUAUAAAUUAAAUUAUUAAUAUAUUGGCUUAUUGAUAUUAUAAAAUUAAAGAGUAUUUUUAUAUGUUUCGAACGAUCGAUUGUCAAAUCCAUAAGGAUGGUUAUCCGACAACGUAACUUUAUGUAUAAUGUAGUUAUAUAAAUGUUAAAAAGUUUGGUACAUAAUUUAUAUAAUAAAAAAAAUAAUCGUUUAAGAUUUCUUUGAUAAAUUGCUGUCUAUUGUAAUCAUUCAAACAUUGAUUUUUCACUUAAAUAUACAGUGAUUUAUUGAACUUAUGUUUAUAUAGCAGUUAAAUAAAGAAAAAUUGAAAGGUGUUA